AUGCGCUUCUUCGCUCUCGCCACCGGUCUCUUUGCCGCCCUCGCAGCAGCAGCAUCAACCCCAAACGCCUUCAUCCAGCCCAUCUCCGGCGCAUCUUUCACGGCCGGCAAGACCAGCACGCUGCAAUGGUCGCCAAGCACCUCUGGCACUGUGAGCCUGCGCUUGCAAUGGGGUGCCCUAACCACUGCCACUGAGGGUAUUGCUAUUGCCUCAUCUAUCGACAACUCCGGCACUUUUAGCUGGUCCGUCCCCGCGGAUAUCCCCGAGGAAGCAGACUACUUUAUUCGCAUUGCCAGCGACGCCGACACCAGCGAGGUGAAUUACUCCGCGCGCUUUACGAUUUCCGGUGUCACUGGCGUUGCCUCUACGACCGAUGCCUCGUCGGUGAUUGCGAGCGCUACAACCAGCUUUUCCAGUGCCGCGUCGACGACGACAACAUUGGUUACGUCGACUUCGCCCUCGACGACUUUUACCAGCACUACUAAAACUAGCACCACCAGCAGCAGCCCUACGUCAACCCCGGCGAGCACGUCUCCAACCAGCCUUAAAACAACUGCUACCCCGUCUCCCACCGCCGCCAGCACAACUCCGGCCAGCAGCUCCCCGGCUGUCUCUACUACUGCUACAACCACUUCGCCGUCUGCGGCUGCGACGACCAGUGUGCCGAAUCUCAAUGGUGGAGAGAGCGUCAAAGUGCCUGGAUUGUUGUUGGGUGUUGUUGGCCUUGGUGCGUUUGUGAUGCUGUAA